AUGGGCUCGGCGGGCGCCCGGGGGCGCGCCACGUGGGUGCUGGCCGGGGGCCUCCUGGCUGCCGCCCUGGCGCUGCCUGCGGGGUCCGGGGACCGAGGCCGGCUCCCCGCGGACCCGGGGCCCCUCCGGCGCCCCCUCGGUGCCCAGCCUCCCCAGGAUCCCCGCUCCGCUCCCGGGGUGGGGCCCGAGCAGACCGCGGAGGACUUGCCCCAUGGGAUUUGGCCCAGUGUGGAAAGCUCUCACUUUCUGACUGCAGUAGAAGCACCAUUUAGAAUGAAAUUCAGUAAGAAAACUGAAGCCUUUAACCCACCCCCGACUUCUGCAGCCUCUAGUGGGCCAUGGAUUCAUUCCAUAUUUGCUUUUAUACCCUCGUGGCCCAAGAAGACCUUGUUUAAAAGAGAGUCUGCUGUAACACACCACUUGUAUGGAGACAUUUCAAGAGACAUUCAAGGAACUUCUGAGAAUGGAGUAAUUUUUCAGAAAUGUGCAGUGGUGUCCGUGCAGAGCGAGUGGCCGACAGCUCAUGUGCGACUGUCUGUGAACAACACCAGGACGCCUGCGGCUGCCAACCUCUCUGACCUGCUUUUACUGGACAACAUCACAGGCCUCACCGUUAGGGAGUCGGCUGGAAACCAGACCUCCAGAGGGUUCCAGGCUUUCAGGAAGAAGUUUCUGCAAGUUGGAGACUCCUUCUCCGUCAGCUACACAGCAUCGCUCGAGGCCAGAGACGUUGGGAGUGGAGAGGUCCUGAUGCUUCCUGCCCAGCUCUCCUUCCAGAGUUCAUCACCGAACAGAGCCCAGCUAAAAGCCCUUUUCACCGUAACAACAGAAGAAAAGAUCACGGUUCUACCAAACCACGGCCUCCACGCAGCAGGGUUCUUCGUGGCCUUCAUCCUCUCCCUGGUGCUGACCUGGGCUGUGCUUUUCUUCAUGGUUCGAUAUCAGUGUCUGAAGGGAAGCAUGCUUACCAGACAUCAGGUUCAGCAUCACGAGAGCAAGCUGGAGCGCUCCCAGUUCACCUCAGCUGAUGGUAUGAAUGAAGAUCUCAUGCUAAAUGACCAAAUGAUAGACAUUCUGUCUUCAGAGGACCCCGGGAGCAUGCUUCAAGCCUUAGAAGAGCUGGAAAUUGCAACCCUGAAUCGGGCAGACUCAGAUCUGGAAGCUUGUCGAACCCAAAUCAGCAAAGAUAUCAUUGCUCUUCUACUGAAAAAUCUGACCAGCAGUGGCCAUCUCUCCCCUCAGGUAGAGAGGAGGAUGGGUGCUGUUUUCAAAAAGCAGUUUCUGUUGCUGGAGAAAGAAACUCAAGACGAGUAUGAUCGGAAGAUGGUGGCCUUGACAGCUGAGUGUGACCUAGAAACCAGAAAGAAGACAGAAAGCCAGUACCAGAGGGAGAUGGCAGCAAUGGAGGAAGCAGAAGAGAUGCUGAAACGUGUUAGUGAGAGGUCCGCUAUCGAAUGCAGCAGCCUCCUGCGGACCCUCCAUGGCCUAGAACAGGAGCACCUGAGGAGGUCCCUUGCUCUGCAGCAGGAGGAAGACUUUGCCAAGGCCCACAGGCAGCUGGCCAUUUUCCAGAGGAAUGAACUGCACAGUAUCUUUUUUACCCAGAUAAAAAGUGCUAUUUUCAAAGGGGAACUGAAGCCAGAGGCGGCGAGAAUGCUGCUGCAAGAUUACUCUAAAAUACAGGACAAUGUAGAAGAACUAAUGGACUUUUUCCAGGCUAGUAAGAGAUACCAUCUCAGUAAAAGAUUUGGCCACAGGGAGUAUCUGGUCCAGAACAUACAGUCAUCAGAGACCCGUGUGCAGGGCCUGCUUAGCACUGCUUCUGCUCAGCUGACCCUCCUUAUCCAGAAACACGAGAGAGCAGGCUACUUGGAUGAAGAUCAGAUGCGGGUGCUCUUGGAGCGGGCUCAGACAGAAGUCUUUUCUAUAAAACAGAAGUUGGACAAUGACUUAAAGCAGGAAAAGAAAAAACUCCACCAAAAAUUAAUAAUUAAGAGAAGACGAGAGAUGCUGCAAAAGCACAAGGAGCAGCGGAGGGAGCGGCUGUCCAUCGCUGAAGCCUUCGGGGCGGCCGAGGAUGCUCGCCAGUACAUGGGCCAGUGGCGGAGCCUGGUGGCCGAGCACAGCGCCACCCUGGAGGAGCUGCAGGAGCGCCUGGACCAGGCUGCCCUGGACGAGCUCAGGGCCCUGACCCUCUCACUGUCCGAGAAAGCCACAGAGCAGCUGCGGCGGCUGCAGAACUCGGUGAUGACCCAGGAGCUGCUCAAGCGCGGGGUCCCCUGGCUCUUCCUGCAGCAGAUCCUGGAGGAGCACAGCAGGGACCUGGCCGCCCGGGCCGAGCGGCUCGAGGGCGAGGAGAGGGACAGAGGCCAGGAGGGCAUUCAGAGCGUGAGGCAGAGACUGAAGGACGAUGCUCUGGAGGCCUCCACGGAGGAGCAGGCGGAGCUGAGACACUGGGAGCACUUGAUCUUCACAAAGCUCUGGUCCUCUGCCUUCUCCCUGUCCGAAGAGGAGCUGCUCGGGAUGAGGCAGGAAGUUCACGGCUGCUUCGCUCAGAUGGACAGGAGCUUGGCCCUUCCCAAAAUCCGGGCCCGAGUCCUGCUGCAGCAAUUUCAAACCGCAUGGCGAGAAGCAGAGUUCCUGAAAUUGGACCAGGCGCUGGCCGCCCCUGAGCUGCAGCCACAGUCCAAGGCAAGGAAGCCACGCUCCAAGAGCAAAAGCAAGACAGACCUUUUGAAGAAGUGCACUGAAGAUAAAAUUCAGCUCUUUGAGGAACAGGCCCCCGAAGACCUGGUUGAAAAGGUCCGAGGAGAGUUGCUUCGCGAGAGGGUGCAGCAGCUGGAGGCCCAGGAGGGACGCUUUGCCGAGUCCCUCGUCUCCCUGCAGUUCCAGAAGGCGGCCAGGAUGGCCAAGACCCUGUGGGCGUACACUGCGCUCCUGACCAUCCAGGACCUGCUCCUGGAGGAGCUGAGCGCGUCAGAGACCCUGACCAAGGCAGCCUGCACGCAGAUCCUGGAGUCGCACAGCCCGGAGCUCCAGGAACUGGAGAGGAAGCUGGAGGACCAGCUGGCGCACCAAGAGGCGGCCCAGCUGCAGCGGGCCCUGGAGAGUCGGCAGCAGUGGGCAGGUGAGGGGCCUGGGCUUCUGCACGAGCCGGAGGAGGAGACAGAUUCUGAAAGGCAGGUUUCGGCUGUCCUGCGACGGGCCCUGAGCAAGGGUCAGAAGUUACUGGAGCAUCACCAGCAGAGUUUGAGAGAAGAGCAAGAGAACAGUGUCAUGCUUGAAGAUUUGCUGGAGAAUAUGGAGACGGACACCUUUGUGACCCUGUACAGCCAGGAGCUGAGACUGGCGUCCUACCUGUCGAAGCUGGCGAUGCUGCCGGGGAGCACGCUGCGUUGGCUCCUGAGCGUGGCUGUGCCUGCAGCCUUGCAGCCCGAGCUGCUCUCCGUGCUGGAUCCCGUGGGCCAGAGGCAUCAGGACCACACGGCGGAGAGUGACGGCGGCGGGGUGCAGGCUGACCUGGGCAGGAGGGGGAAACAUCAGGGCUGGUGGCAAGCCUUUGAAAGCAAACUUCGAGGAGAACUGAUAAGCAGAGGAUUAGAAAAGAUGCUCUGGGCUCACAAGAGGAAGGAGAGCAUAUUAAAGAAGACGUGUCCCCCUCUCAGAGAGAGGGUGAUAUUCUCUGGAAAAGGAAGUUGGCCACACCUGUCACUGGAGUCCAUUGGUGAACUGGCCCCGGUGCCCAUUGUAGGGGCAGAAACCAUUGAUUUAUUAAACACUGGCGAAAAGCUCUUUAUCUUCAGAAAUCCAAAGGAGCCGGAGAUCUCACUGCACCUUCCUCCCAGGAAAAAGAAGAAGAACUUUCUGAAUGCCAAAAAGGCCACUUGGGCCUUGGGCAUGAACUAGCCCAAAGGAAAGCUCCAGGGAGUCUGAAGACAGAAAGAUUUGUUUUCUCCUGCCCACAUGAGUGUGUGUAUGUGUUUAUAAUGUACAACUUGCAGGUGUUAAUUGCACUUGCAGAGGACAGAUACAUCCACUCUCCCUCCCUCACCACGACUUUCAUGGGCUCAGUUUAAUCUGGUCCCAUGAAUUCCCAGAUGGCCCAUUUCCCUUCAGCAUCGCAAAGGACAUGAAGAGACGGGGGACCAGCCCGUGAACCCUCGUUGCUUUCAGUCCCACCUUGCUGAAGGUCUGGAGCUGGGACCCUAAUUCACAUCCCCGCAACACCUGGCUGAAGAGUGGGCUGUAUGUUGAAGGCAAGGCUCUCUCUUCUCUCACAUUGUGUGUUUGUUACAUAUGCUAUUUUUAUCAAGGGAGCUUUUGAAAGAAGAGCAUUUUCCCUAAAGCUCUUCUCAAGGGAACUCGUCUUUGCUUUCUGUAGGAACAUUUAUUUUUAAUCCCUUCUUGGGUUUUGGCCGUCGUGAUGUUCAAUGGAAAUUUGCCCUCCAUCUUUCCAGGGGCCAGAAGAUGCGCCAGCCACUGGGCGAUACCAUAUCCAACUCAAAUCAGGAAACUCAGGCUUAAGAAGGUGAGGGGAUUUAGGCAAGAUGAUAAAGCCACUAAGUAACAAAGUCAGGACUCACUGAACUCUUUACAGCCCCAAACCCUUGUCCCUUCUCCUGGACUUGGUAAAUGGACACAUACCUGCCCUCAGGUGUUUGCCAGCAAACUGACUGCGCACAGGUCCUCGUGUUGCACAAAGUGCUUUCCUGUGCCCUGACCCUCUCCAUCCUCACAGUGUGGUUGGAUCAUUAUAUGAGCUUUUCUGAGAACCAGGCAAAGAAUACAAUUAUAAUGGGUCUUUCCUAAGCGUGGGAAAUGAUUAGGCAGGGAAUCCUGUCACCAACGAGAAGAAAAGGGAUUCUGAUGAAGCAUCUCUUACAUGAGAGUUGCUUCUAGACCCUUACAGCUACUUGAACCCACUUUUUUUUAUGUAUACAGCAGGUUCUUAUUAGUUAUCUAUUUUAUACAUAUUAGUGUACAUACGUCAAUCCCAAUCUCCCAAUUCAUCACACCACCACCACCGCCGCCACUUUCCCCCCUUGGUGUCCAUACGUUUGUUCUCUACAUCUGUGUCUCAAUUUCUGCCCUGCAAACCAAUUCAUCUGUACCAUGUUUCUAGGUUCCACAUAUAUGUGUUAAUAUACGAUAUUUGUUUUUCUCAUUCUGACUUACUUCACUCUGUAUGACAGUCUCUAGAUCCAUCCACGUCUCUACAAAUGACCCAACUUCGUUCCUUUUUAUUGAACCCACUUCUUAAUCCUUGACAAUACCCAGCAGAUGAGGAUCACUACUCCCGUUUUACAGCCAAGGAAACUGAGACUCAGAAAGUUUAAGUAACUCGCCUGUGAUCACACCAUGUGUAAGGGAGGAAUCCUCACUUUGAACCCAAGUCUCCUAGCUUUCAAACCCUUACCUGCCAUGAGACAUCGCAUUGCCUUUGGCAACCUGAAGGUCAAGUCUUAUUUGCAGUUUCCCAUCAGCAUGCGUGCAGCGUGGUGAUCAGGGAUCUUUGCCUGGAGUUGCACUUCUUCCGGGGGCAGCUGUGUACCAUCAUAGUGGCUGCCAGUUGGCCAUAUCUCUGCAUUAGCAGAUAUGCACAAGUAAGCAGUUAAAAUGCAGGAGAGAAGAGUGGAUGGGGUCAGUUUUCCCAUCAGAAGCUCAAGUGAGAAGAGAGAGGAGAGAAAGAACAGUGAUUUUCACACAGGAUAGUGGAGUGGAAAAUGCAUGGUCUUCGAUGUAAGCUUACUUAAGUUCAGAUCCUGCUCUGCUGCUCGUGAGCUGUGUGUCCUGUGGAACUCACCUGACCUUUCAGAGCCUCAUAUUCUUCAUCAACAAAAGGAUGAUGAGAAUCCCUUGUUAUGAGGAUUAGAUGAAAGUGGAUCAGUAAAGUGUUUGGUGGUGGUGUGCACCUGCCACAUCUAUGUCCUUCUGUAUUCCUUGAAGGUGACCCAUCUGCCUUUCUAAUAAUUUCCUGAUUCUAGGACUCUGCUAGAAUUAUGCAUGGUUGAAAAUAGAUUGCACAUAAGGAUUCGAAAAAAUAGGUCAAAAUUAUGGGCUGAAGGCUGAUUGAAUAUAUUAUUAGCAACAACAGGAGGUGCUCAAACUAUUCAAAAUACAGCAUUUGAACCUAAUAAUAACUCGUUAUGUUAAUAGACAAAGACUAGCUAUUGAUUUAAUUUCUCUAAACUCACUGCAUGAGAAACACGAAGAUGUGAUAGGGAAAUCUUGUGCUCCUAGAAUCUGGUAGCUCAGGUUUAAAUCCUGGCUCUACAACUUUUAAGCAAGUCACUUUACCACUCUGAACCUUAGUCUCCUCAUCUGUGAAACAGGGGUCCUAAUACCUACCUUAGGGUAGGGAUGUCACAAAGAGUGAAGAU